AUGCCGGCGCAAUACCUGAGCCAGGCUGCGCAGCGAAUUGUGAAGGAGUCCCACGCAAAAUCCGAUUGCGUGAAUGGACAAUUCCUGGACACUCCAAUUGGCAAAGGCGGCAAGGUGGAUGACACUUCCGUCGUCGUGGGAGAGAUCAUUGAGUGGACGGAAGCACAUACACAGAUUUGGUCCGAGGUCCGCAGAAACAGAAGAUGGAAGGACGUGAUCUCCUGUGGCGGAAUGCAGUGUGGAGUAGCCCGACACCCAUGCUCCUGCGAGGGAGAUGACGAUGAAAAGAGUCGAUUUCGGGGUCGAAGUGAAGAUGCCAGUGAGGAUUCCUCAGAUGAAGAAGAAGGAGUUUGUUCCAUCGCUUGA